CUUUCCCAUUGUGCAGCAGCAGCACCUUGCGACCAAGUGAAAGCCUCUCUUCAUAGCCAAGUGAGUCGAGGCAUCUUUUCACAGUUGGAGACAACCCAGUUGAAGUGAAUGGAGAUGGAAGCACAGGACCCGGAAGGACUUGAUCCUCACAAGACAGCUAAAAAAGGCCCCCAUCCAAUCCAAGCUGCAGGUGCUGUUGAAUUCUGGGAGAGAGCUGUGCCAGAGACCUGUGAUCAAAAGUCAGUGAACUCAGAAGUACUUUGCCGAUGCUUUCGGCAGUUCAACUACCAUGAGGCCAACGGACCUCGAGAGGUUUGCAGCCAGCUGCAUGGACUUUGCAACCGCUGGCUGAAGCCAGAUUGGCACUCCAAGAAGCAGAUCCUGGACUUGGUAAUCCUGGAGCAAUUCCUGACCAUCCUGCCCCAAGAAAUACAGUCCUGGGUUAGAGGAUGUGGGCCAGAGACCAGUUCUCAAGCGGUGGCCCUGGCUGAAGGUUUCCUUCUGAGUCAGGCAGAGGAGAAGAGGCAGGUGGAACGGAUGUGGGAUCCAUCUGUGAAGAUGGAAGCUAAGUUCUCUGAGACAGAAAGAGUUCCAUUUGAGGAAGAGCAGUGUGCCCAGGCCAAGGAGUAUGUCCAAGAUGCCCUCUCAGGUGUUUCCAGUUUCCUUGAAAGAGGUGACUGUGUAUUUCACUGAGUCAGAGUGGGCCCUGCUGGAUCUGGACCAAAGAGCUCUCUAUGGGGAAGUCAUGCUGGAGAACUACAGGAGUGUGGCCUUGCUGG